UCUGGAGUUAAUCGCGGAAGGUCAUCUCCAGGUCAAUUUUUAAGAUAUUUCAAGAUUUCAUGUAAAAUCUCCAAUAUAAUAAAAUACACUUGUAAAACCGAAGAAAUGUUUCCUGCAUUCGAGUUUGAUGCUUUUUGAUCUCACAAGAUGGUCUCGGAUGCUAGAGACUACAGACCAUCAAAGAUGGCGGAUAAGUUAAAGCUGAAGUAUAUGACUGGGUUUGGAAAUGAGUUUACGUCUGAAGAUCCCAGAUGUGCAGGUGCCUUACCUGAAGGCCAGAAUAACCCCCAAAAAUGUAACUAUGGAUUAUAUGCUGAGCAGCUGUCUGGAAGUGCCUUUACAGCUCCCAGAGAUUCAAAUAAAAGAAGUUGGCUGUAUCGCAUUAGGCCUUCAGUAAUGCACAAACCUUUUGAACUUAUGGAACCAGGAAAUUUUACUAAUAAUUGGACUGAUACACAUCCCAAUCCCAACCAGCUGAGAUGGAAACCAUUUGAUAUUCCCAACAAAAAUGGAAAGAAGGUUGAUUUUGUUGAGGGCCUGGCCACAGUGUGUGGUGCUGGUGAUGCCAGGGCAAGGCAUGGGUGUGGAGUUCAUAUCUUUGCUUGCAAUGCCUCCAUGACAAACAGAUGUUUUUACAACUCUGACGGUGAAAUGUUGAUAGUUCCACAACAGGGUCCACUGCUGAUUACUACUGAAUUUGGAAUGAUGCAUGUCCAUCCAAAUGAAAUUUGUGUUAUUCAGCAAGGAGUUCGCUUUAGUGUAGCCGUGGAGGGAGAAACCAGAGGAUACAUGUUAGAAGUGUUUGAUGGCUCUUUUGCUCUGCCAAAUUUGGGACCAAUUGGUGCUAAUGGUCUUGCCAAUCCCAGGGACUUCCAGACCCCCGUGGCUUGGUACGAGGACAGAGAAUGUGACUUCACUGUCAUCAGCAAGUUCCAGGGAUGUCUCUUUGCUGCCAAACAGAAUCACUCUCCAUUUGAUGUUGUUGCCUGGCAUGGGAACUUUGCUCCAUAUAAGUACGACUUGAGUAAAUUCAAUACCAUCAACACUGUCUCUUUUGAUCAUGUGGACCCUUCCAUCUUCACUGUGUUGACCUGCCAGUCCAUGAAGCCAGGGGUGGCCAUUGCUGACUUUGUUAUAUUUCCUCCACGCUGGGGUGUGGCUGAGAAUACGUUCAGACCUCCAUACUAUCACAGAAAUUGUAUGAGUGAAUUUAUGGGUUUGAUCUAUGGCAACUACGAGGCCAAGGAGGAAGGUUUCCUACCAGGAGGUGCCAGCCUCCACAGUAUGAUGACCCCACAUGGUCCAGAUGCGGAAUGCUUUGAGAAGGCCUCCAAUGCCAAAUUGAAGCCACAGAGAGUGGCUGAUGGAACCAUGUCAUUCAUGUUUGAGAGUUCCCUGAGCAUGCAGGUUACAAAAUGGGGCAAUGAGAAGUGCCAGAAAGUGGACCACAAAUACUACAAGUGCUGGGAAGGCCUGAAGAAACAUUUCAAUCCAAACAAGAGGAAAAUGGAUGGAGAGACAGCUGAUGGAGAGACACCAAAAAAAAUGCCAUCAAGGGGUGUAGUCGGUUCUACAGUGACUCCAAGUAAGACAUACUCUUUUUAAUAGAAGCUGGAAGGAAAUGAAGGUGGUGGAGUGACGGCUCAUGGAACAUUAGAGCUGCUGCUGAAAAUGACACUUUUGCUUAUAAAAUGGAAUAUUCGGGCGCACUGUAGACGUCUACAUUUGAGGACAGAUUUAAUAAGAAGUUUCUUUUUUUUUCAUCAUAAUUGUAUAUCCACCUGCUUCCUCAUUUUAUUUGUCAUUUCUAUUCUCCAGAUGCAGAGUUUGGCUUUUUUGUUCAGAAGGUUUAAAGCCAUGCUAUUUUCUUACAAAAUAAUUUUAGAUUGGCAGAUUUUUUUUAAUGGAAGUUGGAGUAAGGACACCCCCCCCCCCCAA